GAAGGGUAAAGGGCAAGGGGUGGAGUUUAGACAGGAAGUCCCACCCACUGCUGGUUUCUCACUGGACAAGAGGUGGGACUUGAGACGGAGUCUGUAGCAGGAUUUCUGGCUCAUUCUGGAUGCUGAUUAGUCAAGCAGAGGGACUGGUGGAUGGGGCCACCUGUCAGAACAGCUGUGACGAGCCUGAUUCACACCAUGAUCCCCCUUCUCUACCUUUCUCUCUCCUGCAGCUUGCGGAAGUCCUCUACAUCGGGAUGCGGUGUCACAGCCGCUGGCUGUGGGGAUCUUGCCGCUUUGCUCAAAACCAGACAGAACCUGACAAAGCUGUACCUGGAUAAUAACGUUUCUCUGGGAGAUUCCGGAGUGCAGCUGCUGUGUGAGGGGCUGACACACCCAAACUGCAAAUUAGCGACUCUGGUGCUUCACUAUUGUGGUCUCACAGCUGCGUGUUGUGAGAAUCUCUCCUCUGUUCUCAGCACCAGCCAGACCCUGACAUUCCUAGGUCUAGGGGCAAACAGUCUGGAGGAUUCAGGAAUACAGUGGCUGUGUGAGGGGCUGAAACAUCCAAACUGCAAACUACACACACUAGGAGUGGACUUCCACCGUCUAACUCCAGUAAUGCAGGUAGAGCUGUAUGCAGUGGAAAAGAUAAAACCUGAUUUGAUCAUAAAGAUGCAGCCGGAGGACUGAGUGGGAGCCUGUGCACCAACACAGCUCUGGCCUGGCCGCCCUGCCACUAGCUGGAUCAGCAGCCAGGGAAAGGUGAAGACCUGGCUCACUUACUAUAGAUCCCACUAUCCCCAGGGACUCCAGCAUUAUAUUUCAGCAUCAGUGGCAGGGAGCUAAGUAGAGAUUGUCAGGCCCAACCCUCCUGUCUGAGGCAAGAAACUCAGAAGUAGAAGCUGGAUUUGCUCCAUGCUUGGUCUGACCUUAGAUGGUAGAGUUGAUUUGCGGGAUGGAGCAGGAGGAAGGAAGGGGGGCAGUGCAGGGGGGUGACCCAAGAACCAUCCUUGGAGCCAGUGGAUUCUGUUCCAAUAGCUCAGUCAUUAUUUGUUGUAUGUUUCUUCUCCUACCCGUCCCCCUCCCACAAUUUCACACAAUUCCCAGGCCAUUAAGUCAACAUUCUAUGUCCAUCUACAGCAUUUGUUCAUGCCAGAUGGAUGUUUCUAUGUCAGUUUUGCUG